GUCACGGAUAACUGGUCACAUGUCUGCACAUGCGUAAUGAGAUUCGAAUCUUAAAGCAGAGAAAUUUUAGCCGACCCUGCCAGUUGUUUAUAUCUACGGAAUAAGGCAUUCCUUGAAACCGACACGAGAAUUCAGGAAGAAGGUAUCAUCCAUCUUAAGCAAUGGGGCUUAAGCCUCUUGAGUUCGAAGAUUGCAUUUUGGAUAGUCCGUAUUUCCGUGAGAACAUCCACGAACAUGAACGGGAGCUGGAAAGAACGAACGAGGCCAUCAAGGGCCUCAUCAAAGAAUGUAAGACUUUGUUGAAGGCGAUCGAAAGUAAGUGACUGUUCCGUGUACAUCUAGAGCUUAAAUACACAGUAAAAUAGCUGUCGUCCCUGCUUGGAAGUCGCUUAAUAUUUUUAUCGAUCAGUGUCUAUAUUUAAAGGGACAGCGUUACGAACGCGAGCGAGUUAGCUCUUGUUUUUCCAAGCCUCAGGCGACCUUGACUUCCUGCAAAGAGCUUUUGUCUAAUGUCUCAAGCUGUCUGUAGUGCUUCUGGUCACUCGAUCAUCCUUCUGUACAUCUGAACGAAUGAAUGAAUUUUCCCGAUCAAUCAGGUGAAUUUACUGGGAAUUUUUACAAGAAUUUUCGUGCAACGAUCACCUUCCUAUCUCCUAAGACAUCAAUAAAUCAAUUGACGACCAAAAUAUAAUCUUUUGAAUUUUCAUGCGAGCAAUUUCCUAGAAUUGAAUUAUUUGUCGUCGUUCGGUAGAAAUUCGAUUUUUGAGUGAAAUCGACAGGUUAUAACAUGAGGGUUUUCAAAAGGCAACACACACAUUUUAUUUGAAGCCUCAAAUCUGUUUCUGCACGAGGCAAAACGGAUAUGGGCUCCAGAAAUUUGACGUAACCUAAAAUAUUUGUAUGUUUAAAUGGAGAUUAAACCAUUCAAUAUUGAAAUUUUGAAAUGAUCUUUAAGUGGGAAAUCUCUCACAAGGAUGGUAAACGUUCCUCGAUAUCGCAUAAUUGGCUCUGUAAACAUUUUCCGGCUGAAACUGUCAAGAACGUUAUUUGACAGGAACAACCUCUUGCCGGUCCUGGAAGUUUAUGACUCUCUGUUAUUACUGUGUAGUGUUCCCUUUGUCUUGUCUGAAUGCUGUGUACAUUUAUUUUGUCUGUUCUUAAACUUAAACACAAAUUCCUUCAUCUUCCUCUAAAGCUGCCAAAGUAUACCCUAUGGCAGGAUGAGUGUGAUGUUUGUGUACUUGAUUUCCCGUGUUUGCCAAAUUAGUUGUGAAUAAUUUGAAAUAUUUACUGAAUUCUUGUCAAUUUUAGGCUUCAUGAUCAGCAAAUUACUGACAUAAUUCAGUCACUUUUAUUUCAGAAACACAUUUGCUAAUUUUGUUGGGUAAUCAAUAACCUUUUUUAAUGUAGCUAGCUUAAUAUUUUUUCCUUGACCAAAUGGUCUAUUUUUGUAUUUUUCAUACUAAUUAAAAUUUUUUUCAAAUUUUAUUUGUGUUCCUCCAAACCAGACUCUUUUGCCAUCAGGAAGUUAAGGUCCCUUGCCUCGUUAUUUUUUUCCGCUCAGCAGUAUGCUUUGACAUGAGUCUUUCACUUCGGAGCAGACUUCACUUUAGAUUGUUUUCAAGGCAUUGUCGAAUUUUAAAAGUAUUUUUUUUGCCUUCAUUUAAUUCUAUUGACAUGCAAAAAUACCUUUAGUGGUCUUAACAUUAUUUCAAAACCUAAACAAUGCAAUCCUUCUUUUCCUUGAAGUUUUUUUUUCUUUUGUGGUUGUCCAGAGGUCCAACAUCAUAGAUGGUCAUUCGAAAUGCUUUCUGUGAAGUGGAAAUUUCUUGUAGAGGAAAAAAAAAUUGCAAUACUACUAUGGAGGCACUCUAAAGAGCUUUGCUUGCGAUUUUUAAUUAGUUGACAGAAGUUAGGGUCAUGACACUAGUCAAGAAGAUUUGAAAUAGUCCCUUUGUUCACUCAAGGGGCAAUAAGAUAAAUUUGAAACCUUCUGAAACAGGGAAUUAUGCAAUUACGAAUCACAAACUUUAUUGACCAAAAAGUUCUCUCAUCUGCCAAAAAAAAAGAAAACCACAGACCCAAUUCAAGAGGGUGUACAAGAUGCAAAUAGUCUCAAUCUGUUCCCACUGACAAAUUUCAGAAGUAAAGAGGCUGAGUCCAUAUCCGUCUGGUUUGUAGAUAGCUAUAUGGCUUAGGCAAGGAAAUGUAUCCUCUUUGUGUACAAACAUCGAUUCAUCUCUUGUCUAGAUUUAUCCAAAGCACAACGUAGCUUUGCAAAUGUGCUGAAUGGCUUUGGGUUGGAAUGCAUUGGUGAAGUAGAGACUGAUGAUGAGAUGAUUAUUGGUGAGUUGAAUCUUUAAUAAGGUCAAUCAGUCACUUAUCUCAGUUAAUCACAAAUUCCAGUCUGGGCAAUAAUUAUUGCAGUUUCUCUUGCUUUGACACCAGUUUCCUGACAAAUUUAGUAAUCCUUUUUUAAAAAAGUGAAUUCUGUGAUAUACAAUUUGGUCCCAAAAGUAUGAUGCAUUUGUUUUAAAUUUGCUGCAGUUUUGUUCAAAAACUGAUUUUUUUUUCCAUUAUAGCUGAUUCGCUGAAGGAAUUUGCUAGCAUGAUCAAUAGUGUUGAAGAUGAACGAGAAAGAAUGGUAAUACUGUUUUCUUCUCGUAUGACUAUCAAUAUCAUAAUAGUAAUGAUUAUCAUCAUCUUAAAUCAAUAAUCUCAGGCCACAAAAAGUGGUAUUUCUCAAGUCUUUGUUCACUUCCUUCAUAUUUCCCAUUUUUUCCCAUCUUUGUGGGUCUUCUUUCUGGGUUAAGAUAUUCAAGAUUCAUUGUUAUAUAGUUAGCACUUUUUCCUUCUAGUUAAACCAUGCAAAUUCCCAGCUGAUAGUGCCGCUAGAGAUAUUCAGGAGAGAGCAGAUUGGAGGAGCAAAGGUAUAUUGUUGGUAUUUUGUUUCUUGUUUCACAUUAUUAUUUGAAGGGAAUCACGAGGUUUGACAAAAGAAUGACUGGUAAUGUGGAAUUCUGCUUUACAACUUCCCCUUAAAAAUGGCUUGUUGCCAUUAAAUUUACCAGAGGUAGCUUUUGGAACUUUAUAAGGAAAUUAAAUUUUGAGCACCCUCUUAAGUUUGAGAUUCAGGAUAUUAGGCAGACACUAUGUUAAACCUUUACACCCUGACAUCGGUAUCUAUAUUCUCCAUACUGUGCUCUAUACAUUUUCUUUGGUUACUGACAAGAAGAAUUCAUUUAACAAUCAGAGCUCAGUAGGUUGGUGAUAAUUUGUUAAAUGCUCAUUAUCUUAAAUGAAUGAUUCAACACUAUUACUGUAAGGAGAAAUUAGAUGCUGGUCACUCAGGGCUUAAAGUUAAGCUCAUGUGUAAUAGUGUUUAUCCCUUCUCUUUUUUACUUUGCUUGAGGUAUUUCAUUUCAUGUAUUUGUUAUUUACAUCACAUGAAAAAACUAACAUUUCUCUGUAGGAGGAAAAAAAGAAAUUUGACAAGCAGACAGAAAAAUAUUGUUUAACAGUUCAGAACUACUUGAAUCUUUCUUACAAGAAGAAAGAAACCAUUCUGAGUGAGGUUUGUAGUAUUUAGAUAAUUUUACUAGUAGUAAAUGUUGGGAUACACAACAGGCUGGUGUUUUUGUGUGUUUAAGAGGUGGGGGUCAUUCUCUUAUGAUUUUAACCCUUUCUCUUCCAAGAUCUCUUUAGUAAUUCUCCUUACUGUCUGAAAUACAAUUCUUAUGAUUUCAGUUUGGAGAUUUACUUAUUAGAUCAACAAAUACAACCUCAAUUCAAAAUAUUUCUUAAUUGUCAUCACUUGUCUGCUUGAUUUGUAUAGAUAUUGUAAGGAUAAUUUUUUUCUUGGUCGCUUUUUUGGAAUUUAAGGGUUAAGCAAGAUUGUUCAGUCUCACUUUGACUCUCUCCACCCAGGAGUACAAAUAGGUAUCAGUGAAGCCUAGUAAAAUGCUUGUGGGGGUGGGGAAGGGGCAGUGGUCACAUGUGAUGGACUGCUACCCUACAUGGCGGUGAGGCAAUGCCCCUAGCAGCUUCAUUCUCUGGAGACUGGAAUAAGCUUUAGCACCUUGGCUCAAGAGCCGACUUUCUCUUUUUACCUUUCAAGUAACUAGCAGGGGACCUAGAGAGGGGACAUAAGUUUGCGAAUUUUUUUUGGCAUGAGUGCACAAGAUUCUUGACUUUUGAGCAUUUAAUCAGGGAUAUUUGAUGUAAUUUUCUUAUUUCUUUUUUUUUUUUUUUUUUUUGCAUAGGCGGAUCAACUACUUCAAUCAGAGAAGCGUCUUUUCCAUCAGUCUGCCCUUGAUUAUGUUGUCAAACUUCAAGAGGUUAAUGAGAAGAAGAAGUUUGAAUUUGUUGAAACUGUAAGUAUAAACAGAAAUGUUACAGUGGUAAGAGCCCUUAUCCUUGGUAUGGGGGUUGCACAUUUUCUAGGUUUUGGGUGUAAGAAAUUUCUAGUAACUAGGGACCAAAAAAAAGGGAAGGUUUGUGGUCGAAAAGUUGUUACUUCAUCACCAAAAUGGACUAAGAUGGGGUAGAUAAUUGGCCACAGAAUAGAGUAUAAUGGGGUAGUGGUUCUGAGAGGUAUGCUGCACACACCCAAACAAAUAACACAAGUACUCCCUCCCCUCUCCUCUAGGUCCUUAUCUGCCUCUGCUUUGGCCCAGGUUUUGAUUCCUGAAUCUUGUUUCCCAUGUCAGAGCUCCAAGCUUAACGUUUUUUCAAAGUGGUUACAUGGCAACCUUAAAUUAUGUAAUGGUAGCAAUAAAUGAAAUUUGGUUUCUAGAAGAAAAUAUUUUUCCUGUAAUAUUUUAUGUUUAAUAUAAACAAUAAGCUUGUGUUAGACGUAGGAAGUAUGGCAUAAAUCUGAAGUGGUAGCCAGGGUUUUUUAUUAGAAGCUGGGUCCUGGGUACUGGCACCCUCCUACUUUGAACGGAGUACCUGGCUACUUAAAGUACCAAAUUUAGAAAAGAAAAUUGUCGUGAAAAAAAUUAUCAACCUCAACUAAAUAAUAACUCUUCCCUGUAAGUUUAAAACAUUUUUCUGCACUUAUUUAUUAAUUACUUGCCAUCAGAUUUUGGAAACAAAAUUUACUUGGAUGAGAAAGGCGCUGCACGAUAAUAGUGUUCUGAGGACUGUCUCUUCCUAAAGUGCCUAAUUAACUAUUACAUAACUCUUAAAUGUGACUUGCCAUUAAAGCAAGGCAUUCUGCGGAGUCAUCAUGACAAGCAAAAGUAAAACAUUCGCAAGCACUCAUUUGCUUGUGAAAAGUCAAGUGUGAUGACCUAAAAAAUUAAAUAUAUGUUUUGAGGUUUUAAUUGGAUUACAGCCAGUGGAAAGGUUUUUCAAAAUAUUAGGUACAAUUUCUAUGCUUUCCAUAAUUUAAACUGUACACAAAACAUUUUGUAUUUCUCUGAAAUAUAAUUCAGAAUAUUAGAUAAUCAACAAGAGAUGAAUUUCACCAUAAAAGAUGCUUAUCAGCUGACACAUGCAUCUCAUUAACCCAACAUCUUGUUGGCUUUAAAGCUUAAAUAUUCCAAGCAAUUGAGAGAAACUUUGUUCCAAUUUAAUUUUCAUUCAAGAUAAAGCCCAUGUGGCUUUUGUAAAGCUCAUGGGAGGUUUUGUAAAAAUUGUUUUCAGCAAGGGCUGAUUGUGUAUCAUACUCCAGUGUUCCAUCAAUAUCUGUUUUAAAUUUUUAACUGCUUGGUGGUACAUGAUGACAAAAGGCAUUAAUGUAAAUGAUUACAGAUCUGACUUUGAGUUUUCAUAAACUACAAAAAGUGUUGUAAGUUUCACUCUUUAUCCGUUUAUGAGUUAAAUUAAACUUAUAACUGUAAUAAGAAAGGAAGCCCUGAGAACAAGAGCACUGUUUUGAUGUAGCUAUAGCUGUGUAGUGAAAUAAACAAAUUCUCCUAGAGUACCAUUAUUUUUUACUGUAAUUAAAUUAAGGAUGCUUCAUUUCAGGAAGAUUUCUUUACCAGAUUGCAGGAAAAUGUGCUUCUAGGGGACUCAAGUCUUAAAUGUCUCCAGAGGAGCAUACCCCCAGACCCCCCUAAAGGUUUGGGCCUUCAGCCCUCAAUUUCACAGUGUACCUGCCUACUCACAAGGCAGUGCCCUUCUACUUCAAAAGUAAAUGAAAACCCUGGGUAGUAGUCACUGAAUUCAAAACAGGAUUCAUGUACAUAUACAAUGUACAUGCAUGUCUCUUCUGUAUAACAACAUGGCAAUCCUCAUCAAUUUUAUUGUUCUUUUCCAGAUUUUAUCCUUUAUGUAUGGGCAUCAAACAUUUUUUCACAGCGGUAAGGUGUUCUUUACAAAGUAGUUGUAAGUUGUGGUUUAAAAUUUCUUUGUAACCUUGCAUCUCAUUCUUGUUAUGGAAGCCUGGUCAUUUUUUAAUGAACUUUUUCCUUUUCUAAACGUUGUCAACAGGGCAUGAAGUAUUUAAUGACUACGUUGAUUACAUGAAAGAUCUUCAACUGAAACUUCAAAAUGUAAGUUUGAAUCAUAACAGUUACAACAUUUUAUUGACUAUGUCAUGUACAUGAAAGAUCUUCAACUGAAACUUCAAAAUGUAAGUUUGAAUCAUAACAGUUACAACAUUUUAUUGACUAUGUCAUGUACAUGAAAGAUCUUCAGCUGAAACUUCAAAAUGUAAGUUUAAAAUCAUGACUGUAACAACAGAUUGGUUGUUUAAAUACAUGUAGUGGUUGCUCAAAGGAAUAAAUUUUACUUUAUCACAUUGAAAAUAAAGUGUUUCUUGCUGCAUUUGUUGGUGAAGUGUUUUUUUCACUUAAAAGUAAAAUUCAUAUCUUUGUGCCACCUUGUAAUAUUGUCUAUACAUGCUUCUUAGACUCGAGAAAGAUUUGACACGGCCAAAGAAGAAGCUGAAAGCCUCAUGAGUCGAGUACAAAUGGUGAGUGUUAAUCCUUAGACACCCAAGAUCAGAUGGCUAAUUAUCCCCUCUACCUGCUACUCAUUUCCUUUACAUUAGUUACAGGAAUUUGGAGUUUGAUCAAGACAAAAACUCUUACCUGAUGGGUCUGAGUAUUCUCAUUACCAAUUGGCUGGAUAAUGUAAGGAUACAUAUAUAGGGAGAAGUUACAUGCUAAUCACUUGUUGGAGUGGUAGGAUUAAAUUGAGGCUUCCUUUUCUACUGCUGUCAUGCCCUGAGAAGUACAUGUAGGUGUUGUGUCAACUAAUUUCUCUAACUGUUCUUGACCAGUACUUGUAUCAUUUUUUAAUUGGUUUAAAAAUUAUUUGGGUAUUUUUCCUUUUUCCAAUACAGAAAGCUCAAAGUGGUGAGCUACAGUAUCGUGGUGCACAUACAAGGCAAGGAUAUCUGGCAGUGCAGAAGAAAGGUAACAUUGAUUGAAACAAGUUUGAGGGAACUGUCAGAUUAAUGUGGUGUGUGUGCUUUUCAUGUUUAGCUCUUUUAGAACCUAUUGGAAACAUUUUCAAUCAUUUUUUGGUUGAUUUUACUUUGAAAUUUUGGUUUGAAGGUGCCCUGCAAGAUUCUGGCUUCUAUGGUGGUUCUUAUGACACUGUAUAGACAGCUUAUGCUUGAUUUUAAAGCAAUGGCUUAAUGACAAAAAUGAACCCUGAUUUAAAUCAUGCCUUUUGUGGCAUAAUGAAAAAUCUCGCCUGCCCAGUUAAUGCAAACCUCUUGUGUAAAAAUCACUUUCUGCUUGACACACUUUAUACAUGGCCAUUUUAGGAAGCCUUGGUACCAAUACUUGGCACAAACAUUACUGUAUGUACACAAAGGAAAACAAGAUUCUCACCAUGAUUCCAUACACGCAGACUCAGGGACGACUGGUAGGUGUGAGCUGGUCUUCAUCAUGGAAUGUAGCAGUAGGGUUUUAGUGGACAGGAGAGUAUUCUCCAGGUCUGAAUUAUAAAUAGCUCAGGCCAUCAAACUUUGGCAAGGGUAUUCUGGGUAGUUGUCAGAUAAUUCUUUGUUGUAGCCAGAGAAUUCUAGGCUGUAGCCAGAUACUUCUGGGUAUUAAUCAGAAAUUCUGGACAGUAGGUAAAGAAUUCUACCCAGGUACCAGUGAUUUUAAGGUAGCAGCCAGAGUAUUCUAGGUAUCUUCUAGGUAUCUAGCCAGAGAAUUCUUUGCAAUGGCCUGAGGGUUCUGGAUAGUAGCUAGAGAAUUCAUGGUAGCAGUCAGAGAAUUUUUGGCAGUGGCUUGAGAAUUCUGGAUGGUAGCCAGAGGAUUCUCCAAUCUCUUAUUAUUAAGGAUUGUUCUUUGUAAAAACUUUGAUCUGUGAUGUGAUGUGGUCAUAUGGGUUUAUGGUACUCUUCAUUGUUGCUUUGCAGCCAACAAACACUCAAUUAAGUUCAUAUUUUUUGCACUACUAACAAGUAAUCAAGUCAAAUUAUUUAUCUUUUAGAAUGCAUCAACUGACACAAUGGUUGUAACAUCUUGCAUCAGGUAGGACAAAUAUAAUAAUAAAUGCAAUGAGGUUUAGAUUUAUCACCCUUAGCAUUCCUUGACUACAUUUCCAUGGCAAGAACCAUUUCAUUCAUAUUGAUGUUUGUUUGAUGUUGUAGAAGAAUGACAGAUUCUAUAGACAGAAGAUUUACUUUUGAAAUUACUGCUGAGGAAAGGUAACAAUGGUGUAAACAUCUCAUCCAGUUCACUGCUUACCUCAGUCACCUGUUGACAUGUUGUAUAGUUGUUUUCAGUAUUGACAAGAGAAAUAGUGUAGUUCCACUGAAUUAUUUUGCUUUUGAAGAGGUUAAAAAUUGUUUCAUCAUUCAUUUAUUUUAUUUUUUAUCAUUUUGGAACAGAGCACAACCUAUCUUAUUGCAAGCACAGGGAGAGGAUGAUAGAAAAUCUUGGUUGGAAGCCAUGGAUGGCAAAGAACCUGUAAGUUUAUCUUGUCAGAAAUAUUUAAAUAAUACUUAUUAAUAAUGCUUAUAAUACUUAUUUAAAUAAGUAAAUCUUUAAGGCUUUUUUCUUGACUUACAUAAAUCUUUCUCCUUUGAGCAAUCUUCUUCUCUCUUUUCAGUUGUAUGAGGAUUUCAAUAACCUACCCAAGCUUAAAGAUGGUAAGUUUUUUAAUCUUAGCAUAGUCCCAUUCCUACAGUGUUUGCAACGUUCCUAGCCCUUUGCUAAUCAGUUUUUCAACAGAGCCACCAUAAUUUUACUUGAUGCCAAAGUUUAAAGAAAUUUUAUGUCAAUAUCUUUCAGAGGAAACACGUGAUCUUGAACUCACUUUUAUCACCAAGUGUAUUUCGGCAGUGGAAAAACGAGGUUUGUUCUGACAAAGAUAUCAAUUAAACACAACUCCGAUUAUCUUGGCAGACACUGUCCCUAGUGUACAUGUCUACUCACAGUUGCCCUCAUUGUGAGUCACAAGCCCCUUUCAACUUUCAUGGUGCAAACUCUUUGUAAACACAUUUUCAGAAUUGGACAUUCCUGUAAGUAGGUGAGGCCACUAUUAGGGGUGAUGAUUUAUAUGUUUCCUUUGCCUUAAAACCUUAAAGGGGAACAUGAAUGAAAUCCCAGUAGUUGUAUUUUUAUCAACCAACAUCACAUUACUGUACUUCACAGAUUUUUGUUCUAAGUUCAGUGUAAACUUGCUUUGUUGUCAGACAUUUACAAUACACAUCCAGUUACAUUUCAAAUCACCUCUUAUCCAAGCAGGCUCCCUUACUGGGUCAGCUAUGGCCUACACCACUUGCAGCAGCCUUUAAGAAUUGUAAACUCCCAUAAGCAGCCAGCUCCACAGUGGAUGUUGUCUGCCUAUGAGAGAUCUGUUACAAUGAUGAUAGUAUUUUCCUCUUGUAUUUUUAUUGAUAAUAGAAGAUUUCAUAUUUCUCAUCUCAAUGCUUAUUCCAGGUAUAACAGACCAAGGUCUUUACAGAAUAGUUGGUGUGGGUUCCAAGGUCCAGAAUCUUUUGUUACAAUGUAUUGAAAGAAAGAAGGCAAAGACAGUUGACCUUGCAGACCAGGAAUGUGAAUGGGAAGUCAAAACCAUUACCAGUGCACUUAAACAGUACUUGAGGUAAGGUUAUGGCAGGAUUUGAAGGUAGUGCAUGUUCUGAUGUGUGUGCAUUUUGAAGCUGAAGGCAUUUUAUGUUGUCUUUUAAGAGUAAAUUAAAGUAUUAUGUUUUGUAGAAACUAUCAGUGUCAUUUAAACAUUUUGUUGCUCUUAGGAACAUGCCAGAGCCUUUGUUUACAUACAACUACCAUGAACAAUUCCUGGAAGCUGUUAGUAAGUACAGAAUACUGUUUCUAAACUUAUUUGAUGAAUUAAUAACAAGUGUGAGAAGCAGUGAAUCUAAAAGUUAACUUUUGUAUUGUAUUUUACAAUUGAUAUUAUUUUUAAUUAAAUAUAACAGUUUUCAGUUGAGUAUCUACUACAGCUUAUGCUUUCCUCUCUCUGCUCUCCUAUUGGUCUUAAAAAACCAACACCACUCUCUAAACAGUGAGAUGCAAUAAUGAAUCAGAGUCAAAUUAGUCACCAGUGUUUUCUCUGUGGUUGAGAUUGGUUUACUGUUUUCACUCAAAUUCUCAUGUUUAACUUUAACUCUCUCUCCUGAGUGACCAAGACAGAAUUUCUCCUUACAAUAUCAAUACAAUAUCAAACAGACAAGUGAUGAGAAUGAAGAAAAAUAUCAGUCAAGGGAUUAUAAGUUGAUUCAAUACAUAAUUCUCCAAACUUACAUCACAAGAACUGUAUGGCAGACAGUAAGGAGAAUCACUAGUGAGAUCUUGGGAGUUAAAGGGUUAAUCUGAUUGAUCUUUGUGGUACUUUUUUUGGUCUUAUAAUAAUCUGUAUGAAUGUGCUCUUUGGAGACUUGUGAUUUUUAGUUAGUGUGAUGAUUUUUUUUUUUUGUAGAAAAAGAUACAUUCGAGAAACGAGUUGAGGCCUUGAAGUGCCUUGUGGCUGAAUUACCUGAAGAAAACAGGAAGUUAAUAAGAAUGAUUAUGAAACAUUUAACACAGUAAGAGGCACAUUUAUUUUCUUUUGAAAGUGGCGAUAAUGGUGUCUCAGCUAAUUCUUUAUACAAUUUUCAUCGCAUCUUAUGUUAAUAUGCAUGCAUUACUCGAUGGGUGAUUCUUUCUUAAAAUUGAUCAGAAUAAGCUCAAAAAGAGCCAAGGUGUUUUUGAGAAGUCCACACCCACAUGAUACUAAUGAAUGUACAGUUUUGCCCGUCUAUACCCUUGUUUGUGAUUUUCAUAUUUGAGUUCGCCAUGGUUACUUUAAUCGCUGUUUGGUCAUUUUUCGGCAUUCUUGCACUAUGCAUGGCAGUACUUCAUACAGUGUGUUUUUCCUGGCAGGGUUGCGGCUCAUUCCAAUAGGAACUUAAUGGCAGCAAGCAACCUUGGAGUUGUGUUUGGUCCAACAUUGAUGAAAUCUAGAGAGGAAUCUAUGGCUGCGAUCAUGAAUUUGAAAUACCAGAGUAUUGUUAUUGAGCUGCUCAUCAAAGAGUUUAACACAGUGAGUAGCCAACAGUUGAGUUUUGUUCUUGAAUUUUUGCAUAGUAUUGAAAUUUGCCAAAAUCUUUCCAGACUUAGAAAAGUGAACGAUUAAGUCUCAAGAAAAAAAAACGUGGGAGGAAAUCUGGAAUUUUUGCAAAGCUGCAUCAUUUACAACAUCUUUGGGUGGGGUAUUUAGGAAGAAGAUGAAUUUAGAAUUGUCUCGGUCAGAAUGUCACCAAGAUGAAAAAUUUGAACCUUCUUUUGUUGAGUAUUACUUGGCUUUUCUCGCAGAUUUUUGGGCCUGAUCCUAGUCCGGAUUCAGGGGAAGAUUCUACUGAUUCCUCUCCAAUUGUAGUAGAGAACAACACAGGGAAUCCCUUCGUAGAAGAAAAAGAGAAUGAUUCUACGCACGUCUACGAAAAGCCCAAACCUCUCCCUAAGAAGAGAAACAGUGAUGAUACUGGUGCUAAAAUAAAUGAAGCCAAACCUGUUACACCCUCCAAGCCUCUACCCCUCCCCACUAAAGGCUACCGUGCCCCACCCCCUCCGAACAAACCAGCUCCGUAUGCGAGGCCGAAAGUCAGAGCCAUUGUUGCGACAGGUGAGUUACCCUUAGACUCUAAAAUUGAAUAGGUCACGUUAUUUAAAGUCUCCUCCGCAGCUGUUCGUUAGGAUGUCACGCAACGCACUGUUGCGUCAUGGACGGCUGUGAAGGAGGCUGCAUCAUCGAUUGCAGUUUUCGGUUUUUGGGCGUUUUGGGCGCAUUUUUUUACCAAGGCGACAUUUAGAGCCAGGAAAGGACGAAGGUCAAUAUCUAACCAUCUUGAUCGUAUCAGCGUGGUUAGUAAAUAAUUUCGAAGAUGCCAAAAAUAUUACACGGUAGAAUUUCGUUUAUGCGGGAACGAAUUGAGAAAUCCUGAGCGAAAGAGUAGACCUAUCUUUCUCGCCAGGGUCGCUAAAAAGUCAUAGAACGAGGUUCGCUUUUGCACGGGCAGUUAAUACGAAGUUCCUGUUUUAUGUCAGAUUCCGAGGACGAUCUUAGCAGUUUGUCUGAGUCUUCGAGUGCAAAUUCAACCCCUCAGAGUGAAGGGAAAGGGCCGUUAUCUCCAAGGGAUUUUUGGAGAGAAAAAACUGGUAAGUCUACAGUGCUGAAAAGGGGAAUGCCUUCGAAGGGUAAGCAUUUGCCAUGCAGAAGCUUUCAAGUGAGAAUUUUGUUCCUAUUCUGUUGACACAGACGACCGUUUACUUCACAAGCAAAGCUUCUCGACGCCCAAGCCUUUGGCUCUGUAUAAUUCUAUUUUUCUGUUUUAAUUUAGCAAAUAAACCAGUACCUCCUCCGAAGAAACCUGAAGUAGUGUAAGUACAACUCGCUUUGAGGAGAAAAAUCUUUUUGUGUGCUUUGUUCUUUGACUUGUUUGUGAUUAGAACAGGGGUUCUUUUGCUGCUAAACCAGACAUGCUGAUCUUCAGCCAAUUGCAGCACUACUUACGCCGUUUUUGAAAGCUGUGUAGAACACUGUGCCUUUGUUUGGCCUCCUGGGCAUUUUUUCGUCUAGCAUUUUGUGGCUGUUCGGCCGAUUAAUGACUUGGGGGCUGUACUCCGGAUUGAAAUGUCUUAGAUCAAUACCAAGCCAGGCUUCCGUGUUGUGUUUUUUGAUAGGAAAAGUGUACUCACUCAGUAGGAAACUAUAUACAAGCCAAAUUUCAGGGAAACGACACUCUAAGGAGUUUAAUGCGAUGGUUUAGCUUGCCAUUUAUGUGAUGUAGCAACACUCCUGGAUGCUGACUUCUGGGAUGUCUUUCCCAGUCCCUCUCGUUAUUUUGUGUGCUGCUCCAUCUUAAAUCCUUUGACUCUUGGAAUUGAUCAGUUUGAAAUUUUCCCGGCACUGUUGAGCAGACAGAUAAUUAGAGUUAAAAAGAAGCGUACCGGCCAGGAGAUAUUGUUUUGAUAUGAAAGCAAAAUCGAGAGGCCUAUAUGAUAAUCACUGCAGAAAAUUAAUUGUUAGAUCUUGUGAGCGAUAGGGCUUACUUAUGUUGAGAAGUAUGAACGGGACCUUGAGACCACGGUGAAACCUACCACGACGCGAGUGGAUUUUGUUAUAAAAAGUGGAUCGUAAACUUCUCAUAGUAAUGAUGAAGACACAAAAAUGUCCCCUGUGAUAGUUAUACAUCGACUGAUCCCUGCAGGAUCACAAGUUUUUUUUUCCUUUCACUUUACUGUUGGAUUUACUUUUACUUUUUAACGCUUUAACUAAGCUGCAUGCCGUUCGUAGUGUUAUAUUUUGUGUUUGCUUUAAGCUUUUAUUUUGCUUGUUUAUUUUAGCGCUGAGUUUAAGAGCAGAUUUGAAGGCUCUUCAAGACCUUUUUCUAUGGUUGAUCCCAUGUAAGUCUUGUUUCUCCCCUUUUCAUGUUUUUCCAAAAUAUUGUUUUUGUCUCCAGAGCAGACAGAUUGGUUUGUUUUACUGAUCUUUCCAGGCGGUACUGGUACCUUUCACCUUUGACCAGAAAAAAAGGAGAACAGAAAGGAAAGAGAAAUUUGGCGAAUUUAUAAAAACUCGGCAAACCACGAACUAAAUGUUCAGAUACGAAGCUGGAAAACUGGGUCUAGUACCUUAAAUCUAGGCUAGCUGGUAAUCUUCUCAGGAGAAAUAAACGUCAGAAUUUCUAUCUCUUCUCUUUGAACUGUGAUGUCCCCACAUUCCGUCCCGUUAUAUUUAAGAUUAUGUUGAUAGAAAUGUAUGAUAGAAAGCUGUUCGAAACAAGUUAGGAAACCUUCAUCUGUUUUCCAGUGAGCCUCGAUGUGAUGUACAAGACCCAGUUUCCCUAGGUCGUGUUCAAACGUUUUGAAGAUGGUUCAUAUAAAACGUCAAUGAAACUUAAGAGAAGUUCCAUUGAUUUUCACCAAAUUUAGUAAAAAAUUGGUGCUAGUUUUCACCACCUGUGUUUGUCUAACCGCAAGAGUUAUGAAAUCAUUUUUUCUUGUGAUACAUCGUUACGUUCUCUCCUAGUCUUGAAGAGCAGUCCAUUUUGUAACACCUUGCACCAGUUAUGUUGUUUUUGCUGCUGUAUUUUGUUCCUUUUUUGUUCACACGCCGCAUGUUGUGUCAGUCACAUAUGUUUGCAUCACAGUCAGCCGUCACGAAUCUUUGUCAUAAGGGCUGAAUGCGAAAGGGUAGGAACUGAACGAAGUUUGUGUGUGUGUGUGUGUAUGUUGUGUUGGGAGGGGGGAAUGCCCUCUGUGAAUUCUAAACCCCUACCUUCUAAAUAUCGCAUUUGACUUGAGAGAUACUCCUUUUAUUUACCUGGCGUAGGAAAUUGAUAGGGACAAAGGAAAGACAAAAGAGUUAUUUCAUUUGAGACGAAUCAACUUUUACUCAAUAUUCGGGUAAUUUGGUAUUAUCAACUGAGUUGAUAAAGUAGAUUGUCCACCGUAAAGAGUUUCACAGCUUACGUUUCGAGCGUUACCCCUUUGUCAGAGCGAAAAACGAAGUGCUAACGCUCGAAAAGUCAGCUUUGAAACUCUUUACGGUGGCCAGUUUACGUUAUCAACUCAGUUGAUAAUACUAAAUUACCCUGUUAUACUCUCCCACCGACGCAGCACCACAGUUUCUUUAGAAACUUUACCCCCUGUUCCUCAAUAUUCCCUUGAUCAACCUAUUGGACCUGCCUGAGAAUCCUUUUCGAUGUAUCGAUGUCCGCGUGCAAUUACUCACGCUCUUAUAAUAAUGCCUCUAUAUCGUGUGAUAUUUUGUCUUCAGAAACGAUAAGGCAAAGGAGAAGUCUUCUGGUAUUCGCCGUGCUAGCAGUCAAGGGGGAAGCCUUAACAGGGGAGUGCAGUCUUGGGGGACGGGGCCUCCCCCUCUCCCUAAGGAACCCCCGCCGGUAGAUGAACCGAAGCCAUCUCCAGCUACCAAAACACCGAAGUGAGACCGCGAGUAUUGAGUUGAAAUGGAAAAUCGUUAAUUUUCAGAAGAUAUGAUUUUUUAACUUUUCGGUUAUAACCCCGUAAUUUCUUAAUACUCUAGGAAAGUCAGGACGAUAUAUCCCUGUGUAGCGGAGAACAGUUCGGAACUUUCGUUUGAUGCUGGCAUGGUUAUUUCAAAUGGUAAGUAAAGUUACUUAAUUUGUUUCCAAAAUUGGACCUCAAAACAACCUGCAUUUUUGGUAGUCCUAUCUACGGGUUGCUGAUUUCGCUCGAAAGCUUGAUUUAGACCGCCAUAAAAUUCCAAAUAAAGACUGGGCUCCUGCAAUGUUGGGGUUUCUCCAGGGCUUAAGUCACCGGGGGCGGUGCGGGUUGGGGCGGGGCUUGUUAACUGUAGAGGGAAAGGUCAGACUUCUCUGGUGUAGUUCAAAAGGGUUAUCACUACAAGGUUUUCCUGUAACAAUUUCUAUGUGCUCUGUGUCCUGAUUGUUGGGCGAAUAAUGUUUCAUUUAUCGAACAACUUCUUUUUUUUUUUUUUUUUUUUGGGGGGGAGGUGUGAUCAUAUGGAUGGGGUCUCUGACUGGGUUGUCAUGGUAAUUUUUCUUCAUAACUCCUUAAUUUUAUUUUUCAAUAGUGCGCCCUUCGAAAGAACCUGGCUGGCUGGAAGGUACGCUGAACGGAAGGACAGGUCUUGUUCCUGAGAAUUACGUUGAAACUAUCACGUAGCUGACUUUUUAAUAUAUCAGAGAUUUAGGAUAUUUUAAUUGGUGAUCAAGGAGAUAGAAUUCCUUCCAAAAUGACGUAUUUGGCAUUAAACGUAGUUAUCAAUACCUACUUUAAUGCUAACUGAAACGGAAAAGAUAUUCGUUAAAAUGAUGUAGCUAUGAAGAGUUCUAAGACAUGAUGAGUAGCCAGACAGACGGAAGGCGUGGAAAAUGUUUCGUCAGUUUUCGACACGGAAGUGGAUAUGCAUGUGUUUGUAGCAUGAAGAGGCACGUGUGCAGCGUGAUCUGAUCGGUUAUGGAGUUGAUCCCACGUGAACGAAGUAAGAUCGGUGAAAUCUUCCUUUCUCCUAAGGAGAAACAAAUGAGCUUAGAAACCAUGAGAAUUGUUAUUGCUGGAACGCCGAAAUCGCGAUGGGUUAAUUUUUUAGACAGCGUAUUGUUAAGAAAACGAUUUGCGAAUCUUCUCACUAUUUUUAUUAAUCAUUUUUUACGUUGCUGGUCAACUGAUUUUUUGUUUAAGUCUAGACAAGGUUAUCGACAGUAAGAAUGCUGAAACUCCCGCAGUGUUCUGUAGGACUCAGGAACAUCUGCCUUAAUUUUCA